UAUAUCUGGUAUAUUACUGCAUGUUGAAUAUUAUAUUGAUGAAGUUACGCUGGUGUCAUUAAUGUGGAUUCACGGAUUAUUAGUUGAUAUGAUGAAGCAUAAUAUGAGUGACGGAAAGGGAAAACCUGUAUAUGAUGCUGUUUGA